GCAAGGGGUCUCUCAGCCUACUAGCACUUGCGCGCGAGCGUGUUCCGUGUGUUCUACUCGGCGUUGAGCGCAUGUGGUCACAGGUACAGUGGAUCCAAACGUCACGUGUUAAGAAAAAUGUAUAUUAUAGCGAUAUAGAAAGUGACCAGAAAGAAGAGUCUAAUGUUUGUGUGUUGGAUAAGUAGAGGAGUGGAGGAGGAAGCACGUGAUGCUUGCCAGAGUGUGGCGCGUGUGUAGCGUGGAUUAUAUAAGAUGUCAGCGGUGCGUGUGGUGGUGAUGGUGUGGUCUACACCUGCCCUCACACAACACUGAAGCAACAACAACACCGGGCACUGAGGGCUACACCUGCCCUCACACAACACUGAAGCAACAACAACACCGGGCACUGAGGGCUACACCUACCCUCACACAACACUGAAGCAACAACAACACCGGGCACUGAGGGCUACACCUGCCCUCACACAACACUGAAGCAACAACAAUACCGGGCACUGAGGCUACACCUGCCCUCACACAACACUGAAGUAACAACAACACCGGGCACUGAGGGCUACACCUACCCUCACACACCAUCACUCAAGCAACAACGUUCAACGCGUCCUGGGUACCUGUCUUGCUCCUCGCUGGAAUCACUGUGACCUGACGGGAUGCCCAGUAGUGGGUGGCUGACAUCUAUCACCAGACACUUGAGUCGCACGCCCACGCUGCCCCACGCCCACGCCUGUGACCCACAAGGUGGUGGUAACAGUAUUGCCACUGUGUCCUCUCAGGAUCCCCGGGAUGGUUCCCCGUCUCACACUCCGCCAAGCCGGCCAACGACACCUUGGCGUCUGGACACUCUGGACGAGGAGAUCCAACAAGCACACAGCAGCAGCAGCACCGGACCGAACCCGGCACCGUCUACCGGCAACGGACCGAACCCGGCACCGUCUACCGGCAAUGGACCGGCCUCUAAACACUAUCAUGGUCCUCACGCAGGUGGCGUGUCAGCUGACAGCAUGAUGAACGAGUACGAUGAUGGCUCACACACUGAACCCCACACUUCCCGUCCCAUCUCGACGCUCUCUUCCCGACCGACUUCAGCAGCUUCACAGUUCAUUUCUACAGCUUCGCGUCCCUCUCCAGACACCUCGCCACGCCCUGCCUCGGCUGCCUCCCGUCUCUCUGCACCGGCGGCGCACUCGCGUAUGCGUGUCCAAAGUCAGGUCCACAACCCUGCUGCCUCCCUACCCCAGCAGGUGGGUGAGCCGCUUACUUAUGUGCCACACCCAGUGGAUGAUAACAUGGAGACACGGAGCCACCACUACCACAUCCCUGCGGUGAUCCCUCCUCUGUACGAGCGUCCCGUGGCUGCUCCCACGCCAGCCUCCACGCGGUGCAACACUCCCAUCUGGGAUGCUGACGGAGAGAAGAGAGUUAGGUUCCUCGAACCUGAGGUUGUGGGAGACAACCCAUCUCGACCUUCCAGCGUCACUUCCCAGUACUCGCAGGUUGUCAAAAACUCCACCAGGUUCGCCUUCGAGUCGGCCCAGGGCCUGACGGGGGAGGUGGUGAGCAGCCAUAACACUCGAUUCUGCAACUGUCCCUGUCACUUCAUCCCUAUGUCUCGUCGUAACGUUGGGGUGCAGGUACGACGGAACGACCCGGAGCCACCACGACGACCACGACACUACCGUCUUUUCCUCACCCCUACCACCCAAGGUCUGGACGACCUCACCUUGCCCACCAAGUCCUUCAGUUUGGUGACUCGAGCGUUACUCUCGCAGGUGGGUGUGAUGGUGCUGGUGGUGGCGUGGUGGGUGGCAGGGGCGGCGAUAUUCUCCUCUGUAGAAGGCGCAGCAGAGAGCGAGACUGUCAACAGGAUGGCCGCCCUCAGGACCGACCUAGUGCUGGGACUGGCCACCGAACUAAGACAAGUACUGCCCUACGAGGCUGUAUGGAGGAGCAAGAUAGAGCUGUACAUGGAGCGUCUAGAGCUGGCCGUCUUGGACGCUGCUAGAGCCGGCUACGCCUCCAGAGCUCCCACCUGGACCAUGUCUGGCGCUCUACUCUACUCUGCCUCUCUCACCACCCUCGUGGGUCCCAGUGGCAUGACGCUACGCACCAGCUUCAGUCGUGUCUUUGCCGUCCUCUUCUCCCUGGUCGGAGCGCCUCUCGUCCUGCUGCUAGCCAUCAGCGGAGCUUUCACCAUUCGCGAGGGAAUGGGAAAGGCGUGGGCGUGGCGCUGUGGAUAUGGUAAACAAGCAAGAAUCGCCGAUGGAAACGGUGAAGUGAUGGAAGGGCGUGCGGGGCAGUAUGGCAGCGGGCGAGGAGGUUCUGCUCUAAGUACCCUCAAUUUGGCCGGCAGACCUCAGAGUUCAACUAGUGCGGGUGUUAGCCCCGGGGCUACAGAGCCUAGUACCCACUUCACUCCUAAUGGUCCCUGGGAACGAUCCGGCUCAACAGGGCUAUCCAACAGUGCCAAAAAUAAACUUCCCAUAGGAAUGUCCGACCUUCAGCAGCAGUCCCGGGUGCCAACACUAGACUCUACUCUCGGCUCCAUCAGUGGUCUCUCCUCAACACCAAGAGAUACAGACCAAAGUAGUUCCUCGAGUGCCUCGAAUAGUGUUACUGGAACUGGUCCAAACAACUCCCAGUAUAGGACUAUAUCAAGUGAACAAGCCUUUCCCGGAGGUGUGGACCCCACAAUACAGAGACAGAGCAGAACAGGGAAUCCACAGGCAUCGAGGCGUACCCACGCGGUGCCCUGGGUGAUAUACCUUGCCCUAUUGAUUGUGUAUAUUAUUUUAGGACUGGCCAUCUUUGCCCCUAUCCAGCGAUGGAGUCUACCCUCCUCGCUCUAUAUCGUGUUCAGCACACUGCUCACCCUGGACCACGACUCCCUUGGGGAGAAGCAGCAGCUGGGGACGAGCAGAGUAAUCGUGCCCUAUGUGGUGUAUAUGUUGCUGGGGGUGGUGUUGGUAGCAACACUGGUCAUGAGCGUGUGGUCAUCACUCUGCAGCUCUCUAGUCAACACGGGAAAGUACCUCACCGUCGUCAGACCAACGCCAAGAUAACAUUGAAUUACUAUUCUCAUUUGGACAUAGAAAACUCUGAGACUAUUUUUUACAGAAUGUUUAUAUUACGUCAUUCAUCCCAGCCAUAACUCUUAUGAUAUACUGAUUUGCAAUUUUAUAACCAUGUUUACUAGUGAGGUGGGAGAGGCUGUGGCAGACAUACAAGUGGCCAGGUCAGUGGUCCUCCCUCAGCUUG